UCUGCUUCAGUACAGUGUAAAGGUCAACUUUGUGAGAGGGAGAUUAGAACGGCAACAUGUGGAACAAAGUUGUGUUUUCUUCGUGGUCGACCUCACGCCUCCUCCUCUUCUCUCGGCCACUUCGGCCGUCUGCUUGUGGAUGUUUACGUCCGAACCCCAGCAGACCAAACUCCGGUAAAAGCUUCAAUGUUCCACCGAGCGCCGAGUUCGUGGCGAGGGUUUCCGGGAUCCCAACGAUGGCCAAACUGCCUUAUUCGAACCAGAUGGCGGGCCUGGAUGCAGCCUUCAUUGGCGUCCCUAUCGAUACUGGAACCUCCAACAGACCAGGAGCCAGGUUCGGUCCCCGGCAGAUCCGAGUGGAAUCGUCCAUGCUGAGGGCCUAUAACGCCGGCACCCGCGCCGCCCCUUUCGAGUCCCUGGUGGUGGCGGACAUCGGAGACGUCAACGUCAAUGUGUACGACCUGAAAGACACGUGCAGGCGCAUCAGGGACGCCUACAGAGACGUCGUGUCCUCGGGCUGCGUCCCUCUCACCAUGGGUGGAGAUCACACAAUUACAUAUCCUAUCUUGCAAGCCGUUGCUGAAAAGUACGGCCCAGUGGGGCUGAUCCACGUGGACGCUCACUCUGAUACCAGCGAUGUGGUCCUGGGGGAAAAGAUCGGCCAUGGGACGCCCUUCAGAAGAUGCGUGGACGAGGGCCUGCUGGACUGCAAGCGAGUGGUGCAGAUCGGCCUGCGGGGUUCGGGCUACUCGGCCGAUGCGUACGAGUGGAGUCGAGCGCAGGGGUUUCGUGUGGUGCCAGCGGAGGAGUGCUGGUUCAAAUCCCUGGCGCCUUUAAUGGCUGAGGUCAGGGGUCAAGUCGGCAGCGACCCCGUCUACCUCAGUUUCGACAUCGACGCUCUCGACCCGGGCUUUGCACCCGGAACAGGAACACCUGAGAUCGCCGGGCUCACCCCCAUACAGGGGGUGGAGAUCAUUCGCGGCUGCCGUGGACUCAGCCUGGUUGGUUGUGACCUGGUUGAAGUGUCUCCGCCCUACGACACGACAGGAAACACUGCCCUGACAGCUGCCAACCUCCUCUUCGAAAUGUUGUGCGUGCUCCCAGAUGUCAAAUACUACUGAUGGUCAGCAAACUGAACUUUAUAUGUCACGUAUCGCCAACAUUCUUCUAUUUAUGGUCUUAAAUCAUAUUUGACUAUAUAAACCAGUGGUUCUUAACCUGGGUUCGAUCGAACCAGCUUACUGCGAGGUUUGUUCUCAGGGGAUGCAAACGGACUAUUCCGAACAAGGCUUGCAGGUAGGAACAUAUUUAGUAACUCAAAAAAUCUUGGCGGGGCAUGAGGUAAACAAAACCUAAACUAUGGCGGGGAACAAACACAAAAAUGUGGCAUGAAACAAACAAACAUAAACUAUGGCUUCGAACAAACACAAAACUGUGGCAAGAAAUAAACAAGACUUACGUGGACACGGCAUGAUUCGAGCAACAGGAACUGUGGUAUCGCAUGAAAACAAGCAAUGACGCCAGGCCGACUGACUGGCAAACACAGGCUUAAAUAAGGGUCUUGUGUCAGAGGUAUUUGUUGUUGAACCCCAAGAUGCAGAGAAGGAGGCAGGCAUAGAAUACGAAAACAUGACUUAAUUAAAACUAAACAAGAACAAACAAAAAGCACGCACGUGGGCGGAAUAACAAACUAAGGGAGCUAGCACGGGAAGCUAGAAAACAUAAAGGAACUUUAGCAUGGAAGCUAGAGGAUAGCAAACAGAAAAACUGGAAAUAACUAAUGGCUAACAAGAACAGCUUACCGCUACGAUGACCAGGACAAAAUGGUAAUAGCUGAAAAGAAUCACAGACACAACAAGAGCAACAUAUGGCAACGACAAGUCCGAAUGACAAUACAAUGAUCCAGCAACUGACACAAGACAAAGCAGGUACAAAUAGGAGCAGGCUGAUUGGCAACAGGUGUGGCCAGGUGCCAAUCAGCCGCAGCUGAGGAGGAACACAGCACUCAGGGAACAAGACAGGAAGCUGACAAAAUAAGAGCACUAGACAGGAACUAAAGACAGGAGAUACUAAACACAGAGGAAACAGACAAAUGCAGAGGAAAAAACUGAAACAUAGACAAACUGUCAGGGGAAAGCCUGACAUCUUGAUUAGAAACAGGUGCGCGGUUCGAACACCAGAGCCAGGUGAAAAUCAAAAGUCGGCAUGGUAACCAAACAAAACAAGGGAGCGCAAACAGGAACUAAAAGAGUCCAAAAAAUAACAAAAAAUAACAAAAACAUGAUCCGGACCACAGAUCAUGACAAAAUUAAGCCUUUUUUGCUUGGAAUAUGUUUCCUGUACUAAAGUGUUACCAAAAACAUAUAACUUUGUCUUGAAUUUGAAAAAAAAACAACAACAAAAAAAACAUAUUAUUUUUAACUAAUGAAGGGUUUGGUGAAUGCGCAUAUGAAACUGGUGGGGCAAGACACUGAUAUAUAUAAACUAAGAUGUCACGUACAAAAUAAAUGUAUCAAAUGUGCCACAUGGGGGUGCAAGAGAGUGGAUUUAUUCACAUAUUUACACUAAAACACUUGAAUAGGAGUUUGACCAACACAUCUAUUGUGUAUUUAAUGACAAUGUCUUAUGUGAAGAGAUGUUUGCAUAAAACUGAGGCAAUAAAAGUCCAUAAUUCACUACGCUUUGUUCCUUACUGU